AUGUCAACAACAGAGAACACAACAACAGUUAUAGUCCAUGAAGCUAUAAAUGAAGAAUACGAGUACAUACAGUAUAACAAACAAUUGCGUCUAAUUCGUUCGGUCAAAGACGAUAUGUACCAAAUGCAAAGUAUUUUGACGGCUUGUUUUGCUCCAGAUACUAAGCUUCCUAAAGACUGGUUUAGGAACCAAAGCACACAAGAACUUUUGAGCGAAGCACAGCGAGACAUACUUUUUUCUGAAAAUCGUGAAGAACAGCGAGUGGGAGGGAAACCGCAGUCGCCUAAAACUCAUGAAAAUCGUGAAGAACAGCGAGUGGGAGGAAAAUCCCACUCGCCAAAACUCUAUGAAAAUCGUGAAAAAUUGCCAAACGGUUUGAGAGGAUAUUAUGUUCAUAGACUUCUUGUAAAUGCUGUUGCAAUGUGGGCUUCACCUCGUUAUGCUUGGAAUAUUUACAGACUUCUUGACGAAAUUCAUAGACAAGAACGUGAAGAGCUAGAGAACAAGCUUGAAGCAAAAGCCAAAAGCAUUCAGAAAAGAAUACCACGUUCGGUACCAAAAGGAAAGGAAAAGAACUAUAAGUAUAUGAUUUAUACUGAAGAGAUGGAAAAUGAAGAAGAUAAAGAUAUGGUUAUGUUGCAUUUAGUCAGAAGAAACAACAAAAGCUUUUACGACCUUGCUAAGAUUUACAAAUCUGACAGAAAUUGGUUCUAUCGCGAAAACUUACCGAUUUCAAUGACCCCAAAUGAAGAUGUGAAACAAAUAGUUCAAGAUACUUUACCUCAAACACACUAUGAUAUUAAAGGUUGUACAAUUCUUACCUUCAAAGAAGAUUUGCCAUUGUUAAAGGAAAAAAUAACAGAGUAUUUUGACAACUUCAAACAAGUAGAGUAA